AUGCCAUAUAAUGAUAUUCAUGGAAAAUUUGAUUUAAUUAACAAAUUAAGAGAAAUUUAUCAUAAUAAUAAUAAACAACUAAUAUUAAUUAAAGAAUUUGAAGAAAACUAUCGAUCUGAAGAUGCAAUAAAAUGUACAAUCAAUAAAAAAAGUGUUCUUUUUGAAAUUGAAUGUGAUUUAGCCAUGAGUAAUAGUAUCAUUCUUGCUCCAAUCAAUCACUUUAGUGCACAUCCAGACGAAGAGGAAAUUUUAAUUGAUAUUGGUGCUGUUUUUAAAAUCCUAUUUAUCAUCUAUGCAUAUACAAAUGUAUCUCUUUUAUGGGAGGAUCUCUUAAGACAAAUGGGACAAUAUGAUAAAGUACUUGAAUAUUUUACUAAAUUAUUGAAAAUUUUUAAUGAAACUGAGAAUAAUUAUUUGGAGAUUCAUUUAUAUCUUGGUGAUAUUUAUUUAGAAAAGGGAGAUUAUGAUGAAGUGUAUAAAUAUCAUUUUUAUGUUUAUGAAGCGUUAAUAAAAAUGGAUCCGCCAAGAUUUUCUUAUCGAUCUGUUAAUGGAUUAUGUACAGUUCUUCGUUUUAGAUGUUUAUAUGAUAAGGUAAUUAAGUAUUUAAUUUGUUAUAUAAAAUAUUUGGAUAAAAUUAAUUCAAGAAAAUGUUGUGCUUAUGCAACUUGUCUAACAAAUAUGGAAAAUUGUUAUUAUGGUCUUAGUAAAUAUGACGAUGCGUUAAAUUCUUACGAAAAGGCACAAAAUUUACUUAAAAGUUAUUAUUCUACUGAUCAUUUUGAAAUAGGAAGAAGUUUAGACAAUAUUGACAAUGUUUAUCGAGCAUAG